UUAUUUUGCUUUGUCAACUGUCGUUUUUUUGACAGUUUAUUUUAUUGAUGUUCAUUGAAUUUUUGAAACUUUUGUCGUCAAUUUUCUUUAUAGUUUCUUUUUUUUAUUACGUGAAAAUUAAAUGUGUAAUACUCAAAGAUAAUUAAACUAUUAUUGCGAUGGAUGAAUCUUAUUCUGAAAGUGAUGUUUCUUUAUCACCAUCACAAAUUUUAAAGCGAUUAGAAGUUUUACGGCAACUACAGUUGUUACAGAAAGAGAAGUUACAAAAACAACGGCUAGAAUAUCAAGAAACAAGUGAAAACUCUUCAAAUAUUACAGAAAUUAUUAGCCAUUUCAGUAACAGUACUAGUUACAAUACAUUCCGUAGCUUACUGCAAUCAUCACAAGAUGUUUCACACGACGCCGCCCCUCGUCCAUUUGAAUUAACCCCUAAUGUAAAAGAAUGUGAUCUUGUAGAAGGAGUUUCAAUAUUAAAUUUGUCUCGUGAGUCAGAAUUUAUUAUUAAUUCGUCAAAUUCCACAAGAAGUAGACUAUCAGAUCCAUUAAAAGAGAAAGAACUGGUAACAGAGAAAAUCGUAAAGGAUAAAUCAUUAACAAAUCAAACAAAGAAUCAAAUAUCACUAGAUGAAAUGCCUAUUUUAUCGCCGAAAAAAGAUUUUGAAGAAUUAAUUUUGGAAAAAUUGCAGAAAGAAAAUAAUAUACCUAAAGUGAAAGUAGUGAAGGAUAAGUUAUUAACAAAACAGGCAAAGCCUUUCCUUAGAAAAGGUGAAGGAAUGGCUAGAUUUGGCUUAAAUAAGAAAGAUUUUAAAAUACAAAAUACAAAAUCAUUACCCUGGCGACAAAAAAAACCAACUCAAAAUAUUAAUGUAAAAAAAUCUGUUAUAAACAAUGCUCUUAAAACAUCAAAAAGCAUCAAUAAAGAAGAGGCAGUACAAAUUUUGGUGAAUGAGCCAGAUUCUCUUUCAUUAAACUCUAGUAAAGUGCAAAAUUGCAAUGAAGUGCAAAAUGAACAGAAAAAAACAACACCAACUUGUAUGAAAACAAAUAUGCCAACUAAUAAACAAACAUUGCACAUAUUACAUCAUAAUAAUAAAAACUUUUCCAUAUUAACUGAACCAAGUAACAAGGAAGUAUUAGACAAAUUUAAAGAAAAUUCACUAAAGUCUAAGGGGAAACAUCCAUUACAAAUUAAUAAGGGACAAACAUGGGCAUCAGUAUUAUCCAAAGAACAAAAUGAUUUUCUUAUGCAGUUAAAGCAAAGUAAUUACUAUAAGAAUUUUGCUUCACCAGCUAAAAGUGCUGUGUCUGAUAUUAGUUGUGAGGAAAGUGUAAUAAGACAGGAAAAAGAAAAAGCUGAACAGAAUAUGUUUGAUUUAAUAGAAAGCAAAGUAUCCCAUGAAAGUUUUAAUUUAGAAAAUUCUUUUUUCAAUAGAUUUUUAAGAAAAAAUAAGCUAGAAUGUUCUGGAGAGAGUACACCAUUAAUCAUGCAAAAAUGUUUGGCAAAUAACCCAAAUUUAUUACACAUACCAUCACACCUUAAUCAUGAAAGAAGUAUUAAUCAACAUACAGAAAUAUGUAAUAGUGAAUAUACAGAAUGCACUAGUGAUGUUUGCUCAUUAGUCUCUAGUUGUUGUUCAUGUAGAACUAUAGAACCGUUAGAUGAUACAUCAAAAAUCAAAGAAAUAAAUAAACAAAAAGGUCAAUUAAAUAUUCCAAAUAAAAAGGAGGUUGAACAAAUAAGUAAUGAAAAAUAUCAAGAUAUCAGUUCUACUGACACUGACAUAAUGAAAGCUAACAUGGCAGAAAUGAAUGCCAAAUUAAUUGCAACUAGUGAACUUUUAAAAGACAGACUCCAAGAACUAGAAGACGAAAUAGAAACUUUUAGGAAAGAAAAUGCAAAUUUAACAAAACUGCGUGAGGAAAUUGAUCUAGAGAAACAAAAGUUUUAUGAAGAAAAAACAACAUUUGAACAAAAAUUCAAUGAAGAAAAGAUAUUGUCUGAAUAUUAUUUAGCUGAAGAAAAAGAAAAACUCAAUAAACAAAAGCAAAUGUACGAAAGGUAUAUUAGGGAAAUGAGAGGAAAACUAAAUAAGAAAGAUAAAGAUGAAGUGCAAAAUCUUAAAAAAGAGAUACAAGAUCUCAAAGAAGAAAUUAGAGUAAAAGAUGCAAAAUCUAGCUCAAUGAUAGCAAGACUUCGGAAUCAAAUAAAAAUUACAGAAAAAGAAAAUAAAGAUUUACAAGCUCAAGUUGAAAAAUUAAAAAAAGAAAACAGGCGCAUACAACACAGUAAUGAGGUAACUAGAAGAUUAACAAAUAUUAAAUAUCUUGAACAAAUCAAUAAGAAACUUUCACAUAUGACUUCCAAAACAACACAGUCUGAAGUAGAUGUGGAUAGGAACAUGAAAUACAAAUCAUUUGAAAUAGAAAGGCAGAAUAAGAGCAGGAAACCAAUUGCUAACACUCAUAUUAGACCUAGAGCAAAAAGUGUACCUAAUCUCAAUGUAACAUCCAGGUAUGCAAAAUAUUUCAGUCAAAGAGAUGUUGUCAGUCAAAUAGAUAAAAACAACUCCAAUCUUGAGCAUAUUGAUUAUCACUCUGAUAAUGAAGAUGUAGAAUAUACUUGUAACAAUCCAGUCCCUUUGGAUGACUCAGAUUCUAUUACAGAUAAACAACACAGUGAAAGUGAGGAUGAAAAUAAUUUAGAAAAAUUAUAUAUGGAAAGAUUCCAAACAAUAUCACCGAAAAGCAAUAGAUCCAGUUCAGUUAAUUCUAGAAGUGACAGUGAUACUGGAGACAGACAUAGACUUAAUGGGCAUAUAGACCAAUUCUUCAUUUGUAAAUCAGGUAGUGUUAGAGAUCAGAAAAUAUCACAACACUCUGAAAGUGUAGUACACAAUUCACAAAGCUCAAAUUCAUCAAAAACAAACAGAUCUAAGUCACCUAUUGUGAAUACUAGUAAUUUAAAUUCACAAAGGCCUUUAAAGCCGGUAAAUAAAACUUCUCAUGAGGGUGUUGAAUAUUUAUCAAUUCCUUCUGGAUUCAAUGAUAAUUUCCAUAACAGGUCAAAUUCACCAGCCAGUUUUAGUAACCUCUCAAGUAGUCUGAGAUCUGCAACCGUUAUAUCUACAAAUCAUUGUAGAAAAGAUGAAAAAAUAAGAAUAAGCCCAGAACCAACUAUAAGUAGAACUAGUGUUACAAAAACUCAUUUAAAUCCAAUGGAAAUAAAAAAACCAGAUGGAUCUAGGGAACUUCGUUUUCCAAAUGGGAAUAUUAAAUACAUAUCGCCUGAUGGAUAUUAUAGCAAAUUUGUAUAUUACAAUGGUGAUAUAAAAGAGAAUUUUUAUAAAGAGGGUACAGUGAAGUAUUUUUAUGCUGAAACAAAAACAUUUCAUACAACACAUGCAGAUGGAUUAGAAGUACUAGAGUUUCCUGAUGGUCAAGUAGAAAAGCGGUAUAAAGAUGGAUCAUCAGAGAUACGCCUACCAAAUGGUAGUAUACGCUACUUUGAUCCUAAGAACGAGCAUGUGAGAGAAGAAUGGCGGUUCCCAGAUGGUACAGCGAUGACUAUAGCGGCCAAUGACGAACGACGCAUAGUAUUCAGCAGUGGUCAGGUCGAAGUUCACGCUAAAGAUCAUAAGCGACGCGAAUUUCCAGAUGGCACAGUGAAACUUGUAUAUAAUGACGGCACCUCAGAAACUCGAUAUACAUCAGGGCGUGUAAGGAUUAAGGACAAACAUGGUAACCUUAUUAUGGAUUCAGCACCUGGCUGACCAUAAUAAUCUUUUAUUGUAAUAAAUUCAUUAUGUGAUGUAAUGUGCCUUAUUCACUGUUACAAAUUGCAUAUAAAAUUGUUAUAUAAAAUGAUAUUAGUAUGAAAUAUCUUUAAUAAAAAAUAUUGUUACUGUAAUUGAUAUUUGUUAAAUUUUUGAUCAAUUUUGUCAUAAUUUAAUUAUUUAUAGUAAUUUUAAAUAAGUUUUAAUAAUAAAAUUUAAUUUUAUUUGAUAAGGACAGUUAUAAUUAAUAAUAAUAUAUUUAUAAUGUAUUA